AUGCAGGAAUCCCUAUCGAGGACCCGAAGGAUCCCAAUUCAGGGUGACUUCAAUCUUCCAGAGAUAUGCUGGGUAGAGGAAGAGGCUCCCGUUGGGACAAAGGUAGAAGCAUAUCUAACGUGGCUUCAUGAGCAUGCGCAAAUUCAGCAUAUAAUGCAGGCCACAAGGUUUCGCAACCAACAGAAGGCCUCCGUUCUGGAAUUAGUUAUAGCCCGGUUUUUAUCUGACAUCAGUGAACUAGCAGUGAAGGCUCAACUAGGCAAGAAUUAUCAUGAGCUGCUUAGGUUAUUAUUACUCACGAAACACAGCAAACCGACUGCCUCGCAUAACCGGGGCUAUAGGCGUACAAACGUUGCUGCCGUGAAAGUGGCCGUGGAGCACUUAGAUAUGGUACCACUACCUCCAGAGUCAACGUUGGAAGAACGAUGGUUUGCCGUUAAGGAAACGACGAACGUGGUGGAAGCCAUAGCUAAAUCGGACACUAGUAGUCCAGAGGAGAUGCUGGGCCCGAUUUAUGGCGUACCGGACUGCCGAUGCGAGGUUGAUCUACAAGAGGGCACGCAACAGACCACAAUCCCUUCAACGGGAAGCGAAGUGAACAUGAGAAUAAACCCAGUCUCCCACGAGGAGGUCUAUCAUCUUCUCAAAACUACGCAAAUCACGAGCGCCGUUGGCCCAGAUGAUUUCUCUUCGUCAUUGCUCAAAUAUGGAGCUGGCUCUAUUACAGAGGUGUUUAUGGUCUCCUUAAAUAACUUGGUCACCGGUCCCACUAAAGCAUUUGCCAGAAGGUAA